AUGCCUACAUUUAGAAUGGUAGUUUAUGUUCCUCUUAUACUUGUGUUAUUGAUCAAGAACAGCAUUGUCCAUUCAGAUCAAUCAGAAGAAUCUUACACAACCGAGAUAAUUCCACAGGAAGAUUUUUUAUCCGGAAGAAAUAUCUCAGAUGAUAUUCUAUUAAUACUCGAUCAUUAUAAGCAGAAUGAUCCUGUGGGAUUGCCUGGAGCCGCGGUACCUGAUCCACUUUCAGUGCCGUCAUUUUCCCACAAGUUCCAAAUAGGAAGAAUGCAUUUUGAAAAUGUGAAAAUAUACGGUUUGAAAAAGUUCAGGAUAAAUUUCAUGAAAGCCAACUUGGCUAAAAUGACCGCCGAUGUUGCUGUUGAUAUCGGUCAACUUGAAAUCCAUGGCAACUACACUCUGUCCUCCUUCUUCACAUCAGCAGAUGGACCCUUCACUGUUAAAGUAGAAAAUGUGUCUAUUGAAGCAAUUGCUUCUAUGGAUGUCCAACGUGACGGCAAGUUAGAGGCUCAAGAAAUAAAUAUGGAUGUUAAAUUCGAGGACAUCAAUGUGAAUUUCGAAAAUCUAGGAUUUUUUGCGUCGAUGUUUCAAGGCAUCAUUAACACUGUUGGCGAUUCUCUUUUCAACUCAAUGAAACCUUUCAUCCUAUCUGAAGUGAACGAUAAUAUAAGAGCAGAUGUCAAUGAAGAAAUAAGGAAACUGCCAGUGACCUUCCCAAAUUCUAUAUCACCUUUCGAUCAAAUUUUCCUGAUGUUCAGACAAGAAAUUAGAAAUAAGAAUUUGGAUCCCUAUACUGCACCAGAUCAUACCAGUAUGGUCGGCGUUUUUGAUUUAUUCUUGAGAAAUAUCAAAAUUCAAGGUUUGUCUACAGUUCACAGAAGUGGUGACGCCCUUGUCGAAUUUAGAAAUGGUUCUAUAUUAGGAUUUUUCGAAGGAGGGACCCAAAAAUUGAAAGGUGUUGGCAGUUGGGAAUUAUCUCUCAUUACUGGAUUCAUAGGAAAAACAGGAAUGGUAGAAUUCACUAUUGACCACUUCACGGUCAAAGUGAACGUCAGUCAGUCACUGAAUACAGAUUUUCCACCAAGUUUAGAAGAUAUUCAGCUAGAGUUGGGAAAUCUUCAGAUACGUUUGGACGGAGCAGGCUCCUUAGAUUACUUAGUGGAACUAGGCAUAAAUGUAAUGCCCAAUCUGAUUCGUUACCAAGUUAUGAAUGCCCUAGAAGUCCCAGUGAAGAACAGAAUACAAGAGGCCCUAGAUCAAGUGAAUAUUAGGUAUUUGAUACAGGAGAACGCGGAUAGAAUAAACAAUCCCAGUUCCCUGAAUUUUCUCUAGUUCCACAGGAUUUAAGAGACUCACUUCAUAAAAAUGCUUUCUGCUGUAUCAGAUAAUUUUCUCUGAACAAUCCACGCACGCUACAAAAAUAUUCUACAGUUCAGCUCAAUUUCCUAAUCGAAUUAUACGAAUUAUAUUUUUUUUUAUAUUGAAUGGAUCGGAACUGAAAAAAAGUGUAGAUUUUUUUUGUCCUGGAAAUGUUUAAUGAGUCCAGUGCAGCCUGGGUAUCGGUGUUGGCAACGAAUGUAGUAAAAAGGGUAGUCUGUUGACGUAUCCAAUACGAUAUAUUGCGGAGGCAGACGGAAAUUCAAAAAAGCCAGCAGGAGCGUACAUGUCCUCCAUUAAAAAAAAAAAAAAAAAACUAUGUGAAUCAAAAUUUAAAUUCAAUUGAACUGCUGAUGCAUUCGAAUAUUUAUAUGAACCGAACAAUUCGCAAUUGGGUGUCCCGAGGCGCAAAAAUGGAAAGGACAAACAGUAGUAGACAGCGAUAAUUACUCAGACGUUGUAAGAGAGUUCUUGAAAAUUUGUUAAGCACUUACCUCAUUUUAGAUGCUAGGCAGUCAACACAUUCAACUCCUAAUUUUCGGCUGAUUGUAUCCAAAAUUUUAUACUUCUGUGAACUGCGAUUUAUUGCAGAAAAAAUUUGCUUCAACAAAUGUAACCUAGAGAAAAAUAAGAAAUAUUAGCAUCUGUUUGAUCGAUACCAACAUGUAUUAAAUAGCAAUUCAAUUAUCCUAAAAUGAAGUAGGAUUGAUUAAAAAUUGAUUUGUUCCUGUAAAUAUUGAUAUCUCCGAUGAAUAUAUUAACCACUAUCGAAUUAUAAAUGUAGGUAUUUAAUCAAUCAUGAAUGUAGUCUGAUGAAUUACUAUGUUUCAUGACAUUAUUUGUAUCGAAUUCCACUUGAUUCUCAUUCAUGUUUUGUUACUAUUCAUACUUUAUUUAUAUCCUUAUUAUUUUAUUACUCGUGUAAUACUGAACUAUGUAUUUUGUUAUAAUUAAAUUGAUGUUUUUCUACAAGUUAUU